GAGGGGGCGGGAGGCCCCGCAGCUCCGGACUCCGCUGGCUCGGGCGUCGGAUCGGAGCCGCAGGGGCGCAGGCGGCCCAGUGGAGCUGGCCUCAACCUCCCAGACUUCGGCCUUUCCAGGAGAAUCAGAUCCCAGCCACACCAGGAGCUGCAGCCAUGGCCUCAAAGCCUGAGAAGAGGGUGGCAUCGUCUGUCUUUAUCACCCUGGCACCCCCGCGCCGCGAUGUGGCUGUGGCGGAGGAAGUGAGGCAGGCGGUUUGUGAGGCCCGGCAUGGCCGCCCCUGGGAGGCUCCUACCCCAAUGAAGGCACCCGGGGCUGGCUUGGCGGGGAGGCCCAGUCCCUGGACACCCCCUGGCAAGGCUGCAGCCACAGUGCCAGCUGCCCCUCUGCAGCUCUCCAAUGGAGUUGCAGGAUGUCCACCCCCUCCUCCUGUCCUGGAUGGUAAGGACGCUCUUCCCGACCUGGACCUCCUCCCACCCCCUCCACCGCCCCCUCCAGCGCUCCUGCCCUCUGAAGAGGAGGCUCCUGCUCCAAUGGGCGCCUCACUCAUUGCAGACUUAGAGCAGCUGCAGCUGCCCCUGCCCCCACCCCCGCCACAGGCCCUGGCAGAGGUACCUUCAGUCCAGCCUGGACCUGGUCCCCUCAGGCACGUGGAGGAAGAGCUGCCGCCGCCUCCAGCAGAGCCUGUUGAGAGAGAGGCAUCCACAGACAUCUGUGCCUUCUGCCACAAGACCGUGUCCCCCCGAGAGCUGGCUGUGGAGGCCAUGAAGAAGCAGUACCAUGCCCAGUGCUUCACGUGCCGCACCUGCCGCCGCCAGCUGGCUGGGCAGAGAUUCUACCAGAAGGAUGGGAGACCCCUCUGUGAACCCUGCUACCAGGACACGCUGGAGAAGUGCGGCAAGUGUGACGAGGUGGUCCAGGAGCACAUCAUCAGGGCCCUGGGCCAGGCCUUCCACCCCUCCUGCUUCACGUGUGUGACCUGCUCCCGGCGCAUCGGGGAUGAGAAGUUUGCCCUGGGCAGCCAGAACGAGGUGUACUGCCUGGAUGACUUCUACAGGAAAUUUGCCCCCAUCUGCAGCAUCUGUGAGAAUCCCAUCAUUCCUCGGGAUGGGAAAGAUGCCUUCAAAAUCGAGUGCAUGGGAAGGAACUUCCAUGAAAAUUGCUACAGGUGUGAGGACUGCAGGAUUCUCCUGUCUGUGGAGCCCACGGAUCAAGGCUGCUACCCCCUGAACAACCGUCUCUUCUGCAAGCCAUGCCACGUGAAGCGGAGUGCUGCAGGGUGCUGCUGAGAGCACCCUCUGGGCGUCAGGCAGUGAAUGGACCACUAGCCCCGGCUGGGGCCCUUCCCUGACUUGGUUUCCCUUCCUGACCUGUUCUUGCACACUUUCUUUCUGAGCCUUCAUAGGGACCAGCCUGCCAGUCGUCUCGGCCUGUCCAGGACACAGCGGGCUGAGUGCCUGCUGACCUUCCACUCCUCCUCUACCCUCUAGGCACCAGAAGACUCCUGGACCAUGAGCGUCACCCCCAGAAUUCCCUGCUGGGCCCACCCCACUUCCAGGGGAAAGCUGGGGGAAGUCUGCCGGGGCACUUGGACCCCUAUCACUGACUGUAGCUGUCUGAUAGGGGUGCUGGGACCAGCCUGGCCAGUUGUAGGGUUGAGCUGUUUGAGGAAAAACUCCAAGAUCCCUUAAAAAGUGCUUUUUAGGGCCGGAUGUGGUGGCUUAUGCCUGUAAUCCAAGCACUUUGGAGGCCAAGGCAGGUGGAUCACCUGAGGUCGGGAGUUCAAGACCAGCCUGACC